AGCACUGACACUCAACAGAAGACUUCAUUCACUCCAGCGAGACCAGAGGGGACAGUCUCCUUCCUCCACAUCUGUCCUCACCAGACACAACAAUUUCUGGAGCGCCGUAGCCAGUCACACCUCCUGUUACAGCGGGAAUUCCUUCAUUCUCAGCUGCCUCCGACGCUGCAUCAGAGAGGAAGACAAUGGCCGGCUGAACCCAGAUUGCACUGAUAAGUUGGCGAAACUUCACUUGCUGUUGUGGACCUCAUGGCUAAGAGCCCAGAGGUGAAGCUGGCUGUAUUUGGCAGGGCUGGAGUUGGCAAGUCUGCUUUGGUGGUGAGAUUGCUGACCAGGAGAUUCAUCUGGGAGUAUGACCCAACACUCGAAUCCACAUACCGACACCAGGCCAACAUAGACGACGAGGUGGUCACCAUGGAGAUCCUGGACACUGCGGGGCAGGAGGACAACCAGCAGAGGGAAGGUCACAUGCGCUGGGGCGAUGGAUUCAUCAUUGUCUACGACAUCACAGACCGAGGAAGCUUCGAGGAGGUGGCCCCGUUGCGGCACUUUAUGGAAGAAGUGAAGAAGCCCAAGAAUGUGCCUCUAGUCCUCAUCGGAAACAAGUCCGACCUGGACCACGUGCGACAGGUCGGUACAGAUGAAGGCGAGCGCCUGGCUGCAGAAAUGGCCUGCGCCUUCUACGAGUGUUCGGCGUGCGCAGACGAGGGGGGCGUGGUGGCCGAGGCUUUCCACGAGGUCUGCAGGGAGGUGCGGCGCCGCAAGGCAGUGCAGGGGAAAGCCCGACGUCGCAGCUCCACUACGCACGUCAAGCAAGCCAUCAACAAGAUGCUGACCAAGAUCAGCAGCUAGGGAAGUGAAAACAAACAUUUCGUGGGGGAUACGAGACAUUUGAACCCUAGGAAGAUCCCCAGUGCAAUAUUUCCAUGUUUGCUGGAGCGAAAUGAUAUUCAAGAUCACUUGGCUCCACUUCAAUGAAGCCUGGUACAGCAAGACUUAGACAACAUUCAUGGACGUCGAAGGAAGACAAUAUCACUAAUAUGUGAGAGAUCUGGCAAAUAAAUCUUGUAGUUUGCCAAGCUAGCAAACAGUUACCCAACGAGACAUCAGAGCGGAUCUGAGACCAAGACAUCUGUAAAUAUCUCGAGCACAGGACAGCAGCAAAGAUUUCCCGUCUGUGUCAUGUCAGUGGUGUUGUGACUUCAGCAGCCAUCCUAAAAUAGUGGACAGGAAGUGGAGGAAUGGAAAAUGUGGUGAAGUACGACCUGUGAUGUGACGUUACGUUUUCUUCAGCGACAAGUGUGUUCGUGCCUGCUGUUUGUCCUCCAAUCACGAGGGAGUCUGUCUUGCUGCAAACCAGGAGUCUGCAACCUCAAGGGUCUCCACAACUUAUCUUUGUUUCUCACAAGUGACACUUGUCCACCCGUGACAGCAACACAGAUCAAUUUGAGUCACUUUUUCCCUCUGCUUUUGAGUUUAUUAGGUCUUUACGAAAGCAAAACAUGAUUUUGUUUGACAUUUUUACAUGAUAAUAAUUUCCUCCGAUGUUGGAUUCUUUUUCUUUGUGGCGCUGAUUUGUAAUAAUUGUUGUUUUUUUUUUGUCUCAACUUUAUUUCCCAACAAUGUUCUCAUUAUAUUUAAUGGUAACAAAUUGCCGCAACAAAGUGAAAUAAACCAUUUUUAAAAAUGACACAAAAAACAAGUCAAUUAAAAGAGAUCUGUUGGACAAAUGUAUUUGAUCUCGUCCUAGCAAGAGUCUCUGAGUGACCAGUUGUCACGACACAGAUCAGAUGUUGUCCAAGUUCACAUGUGAAGCUUUCAUUUAUUCAUUGGUGAUCUUCCCUUUAUUCCCUCACUAGACUGAAGUUAAUCCCAGCUCCUGAAACACCCUUGACACACCACCAGUCCAAGACACUUACGAACACACACACACCACCACCUUUAUGGGGUCCACUCACCGCCAUCAUGCUUUCCCCAGCCUCUCACCCUAAACCUAACCAUCCCAAACAAAUGGCUGACCUUAACCAGGACUCUGACCCAAACUGAAACUCAAUGAUAAUGACCUAGCUAUUUUGAUGUUUUAAUGCUUUAAUUUAUUUGCCACCGAAAAUGCACAAAGGUCAGCACAAAGAGGUGUUUUGUCAAGAAUUGGUUCCCACAAGGACAGAUUAAACAAGCGCACAUGCAUACACACACACCUUGAGAUAGAUUUGAGUCACCUUGUGUUUUUGGACUGUGGGAGGGAAACAGUGGAUUUGAGCCAAUUUUUCAGUGGUGAAGGUUGCAGACUCCUGUGCCGAAGGACGUGUUGUUGCCUUAAACGACGCCGCUGCUGUCAGUCAGCAGUAAAGUUUCUGUUUGUACUUGUACAUGUUGAAAAUCAAUAAAAAGAAUG